AUGCUGGUGACGGGGAGCCGGGCGCUGCUGCUGCAGCAGUGGGACUGGCGGGAGAGCAGGUGUGUGCGCACGUGGAGAGCCGUGCACACGGCGCCGGUGGCUGCCAUGGCCUUUGACUCCACCUCGACGCUGUUGGCCACCGGUGGCUGUGACAGCACCAUCAAGAUCUGGGAUAUGCUCAAGCAGUACUGCACCCACAACCUGAAGGGAUCUUCGGGAGUCGUACACCUUGUGGAGUUCCACCCCGACAUCUCCCGUCUGCAAGUCUUCUCCUCCUCCAUUGACUACAAAAUCCGCAUCUGGGACCUGAAGUCCAGCAAGUGUGUCGCUCUGCUCGACGGCCACUUCAGUGCUGUCACCUCGCUGGCGUUUGCGGACGGAAACACGCUCGUUAGUUCUGGCCGUGACAAGAUCUGCAUGGUGUGGGACCUGAAAAGCAGAGAAAGUAAACGAACCAUCCCUGUCUACGAGAGCGUGGAAGCUGCCGUCUUGUUGCCGGAGAAGGGCGAUUUCUCUCAGCUGGGCGUGAAGAAGGAAGGGCUGCACUUUGUCACAGCUGGCAGCAAAGGUGUCCUGAACGUUUGGGCAGUGGCCACAGCGGCUUGUGUGUACACCCAGCCCGUGCCCUUCGAGCUGAAGGAGGAGGCCAGCGAGCGCAGCCUCACCCAGUGCCUGCUCGUGCCCGAGAGAAACGAGAUUGUCACCGUCUCCGCGGAACACAACGUUGUUUUCUAUGACGCUCAAACCCUUCAGCUCAGGAAGCAGCUCGCGGGUUACAACGAUGAGGUUCUGGAUGUGAAGUUCCUGGGGCCUGGUGACUCUCACAUCGUUGUGGCGACCAACAGCCCUCAGCUGAAAGUGUUUGAGCUGGCGACAUCCCACUGCCAGAUCCUCUACGGCCACACAGAAACCGUUCUUGCUCUGGAUGUCUUCAGGAAAGGCCUGAUGUUCGUCAGCUGCGCUAAGGACAAAAGCCUUCGAGUCUGGCGGAUGAGUAAAGGUGGAAGGGUCACCUGUGUUGCCCAGGGUUUGGGCCAUGCCCAUGGGGUAGGCGCUGUCUCUUGCUCAAGACUGAAGGAAAGCUUCAUAGUAACCAGCAGCCAGGACUGCACCAUCAAGAUCUGGAAUAUCCCAGAAUCCCUCACUUCCAAAGCCAAAGCAGCCUUGAUCUCCAGUCCAGAGAGCCUUCAUGCCAAAGUGACAGAGAGGGGUCACGACAAGGACAUCAACAGCGUGGCGGUCUCUCCGAACGACAAGCUGAUCGCCACCGGCUCGCAGGAUCGGCUGGCCAAGCUGUGGGCCUGUUCCGACUGCUCUCUGCUGGGCGUCUUCAGGGGGCACAAGCGCGGCGUCUGGUGCGUGCAGUUCUCCCCCGUGGAUCAGAUCUUGGCCACCUCUUCAGCAGAUGGGACCCUGAAACUUUGGGGUCUUCGGGACUUCAGCUGCCUGAAGACCUUUGAGGGUCACGACGCCUCUGUGCUGAAGAUCAUCUUUGUGAGCCGGGGAACGCAGCUGCUCAGCAGCGGUUCUGAUGGUCUCUUAAAACUCUGGACCAUUAAAACAAACGAGUGUGUGAAAACGUUAGAUGGUCACGAGGAUAAAAUCUGGGGUCUUCACUCCAACAAGCAAGACGAUACGGUUGUGACAGCAUCCAGCGACUCCUGCAUCAUGCUGUGGAAGGACGUCACUGAAAUUGAAGAGAAAGAGGCGCAGGCUAAAGAGGAGGAGCAGAUUAUGAAAGAGCAAGAGCUUUCAAACCUGCUUCAUGAGAAAAGAUACCUCAAAGCUUUGGGCUUGGCAAUCUCUCUGGAUCGUCCGCACACGGUGUUGAUGGUGGUCAAAGCCAUCCUCAAGGAAACGGACGGGAGAAAGCACUUGGAAGAGAACAUUGUCCGGCUCCGGAAGGAUCAGAAAGGUUUGUUGCAGCAUGUUUUAAGUGCUAAAACCCUUCAG